GAAUGAAAGCGCUAGACAUCAUCGAUGGAUUUGGUUUCACGAUCAUCAUUAACGGAAUGCUCUCAGUCGAGACAUUCUUCAUCAUGAGUGGCUUCUUGGUUGCUUUUGGCAUCUUGAGCGAAGUCAAAAGAAAGAAGUCCAUUUGGUUUCUCCUUCCUGUGACAGCAGUGAUGAGAUACAUUAGGCUGACAGUGCCUGGCGCGUUCCUGGUGGGCGUGUUCUUCCUCUACCCUCUGCUGGUGUCGGGGCCCCUGGUGGACGACGUGGUUCAGUACCUCGUCAACGACGUCUGCCGCCGCAACUGGUGGCACGUGCUGCUGCACGUGUCCAACCUGCGCAACCCGCUCGACGUGUGUCUACCCACGUUGUGGUACAUUGCCUGUGAUUACCAGCUUUUCCUGGCAACCCUCCUGUUUGUGUUCCUUCUAGCCAAGUGAGUUCAGGAUUCUUCGUUCUCGAGCUUUUUUUUCUUUUAAUCGAUGAUUUGAGUCAACAUUUUCUUUUGUACGUCAUCUUACAUUUUUGUGCAGACUUUCUUGAAGGAACACCAAUGCACGAGUAUAGUACACAGGUACAAUAUUUCCUUUUAACAUGGUAGUUUCAUUUAUUUAAACAUACUGUCUAUCCUGUAAAUAAGUUUUGCUGGAAGGACACACAAUUUCGAGCAUAAUGCAAUUGAACCUAUAAAGAGUAACCUAGCACAAUCUAGAGUAGUAUAAAUUGGAGUACAAGUGGGUAAAAAUAUAGCACCAUUUUAGCGAAUUCAUGCUAACAGGACAAUAUAUUUUACACGGCAUUGCUUGGUAGUCAAUAAACGCAUAAUGAAACACUGGAGACCGCAACUUUAAUGCUGAUAUCACACUUCCAAGUUUAUAAAUGCUAGUAGUACGAGUGGA